AUGUCCAAACCUUGAAAAACAUAAUACUGUUGGUGUUGGCGAGGGUCAUGUCCUCAACCAUUCAUCCAAGGGUUGUGCCUCCACGUCUUCUAAACAGCUCGCAAACAUGACAGAUCUUUCAGCUUUCCCACAGCAGUUAUGCGAGUACUUUGGCGGAAAUUCUAAAGGUGCAGUGCGAUAUAGCUUUCCUCAAGAGAAAUAUGAUAAAUUACCAGCAGUUUUUGACGGCAUUUUGAUGCUUGAGUCAAUGAACACAGACCAAAAAGUAAGCAUAAAGAGUGAAAAACGCCAUAAAUACACCCGAAUUGAUGUCUUGAUAUUUUUUUUAGGAAGACGGAAGAACAGUGCUAUGCCAUAUAUAUACAAUGCUUGGGAAUUGCGAUUGACUUGCUCGAAAAGCACAGAACACUUCGUUACUGUUAUCGAUACUCCUUCAAUCAAAACUAAACAAGAAAUCAGCAUCUUUACUGCUGAUGGUGAUGAUGUUAUCAGUGUCGAAGGCGUUUUCUCUCGUCGUGCCAUCAUUGGAAAUUUAAUCAAAGUUGACAAUCCUCUCUCAGAUGGCAGCUUUCAGGUGGAAAUGAAGUUACCAGAAAGCAUUGUUGAAAAGUCGUCAAUCUCGGUAGAAGUUGAAGCUGGCAUUAUAACGGUUACGUAA